CGGCUACAGCAGCCUCGGCGGUGCUGAGGGUCGGAUCCUCAGGGCCGCGCCGGCCAGGCCCACGGUUUCGGGUGUCCCGUGGUUGCCGCAGAUCCUCUGGCCUCGGUUUCCGACCCUGGGCUCUGCUGGUGACAUCCUGGGUGACCUUGAGCUGGCACCGUCCCCUGGACCGAAGACCCGGAGGCCGUUCUCCACCGUGCUCGGCUGACAUGGAUCCGCUUAGAGCCCAGCAGCUGGCUGCGGAGCUGGAGGUGGAGAUGAUGGCUGACAUGUACAACAGGAUGACCAGUGCCUGCCACCGGAAGUGUGUGCCUCCCCACUACAAGGAAGCAGAGCUGUCCAAAGGCGAGUCUGUGUGCCUGGACCGAUGUGUAUCCAAGUACUUGGACAUCCAUGAGAGGAUGGGCAAGAAGUUGACAGAGUUGUCAAUGCAGGAUGAAGAGCUGAUGAAGAGGGUCCAGCAGAGCUCUGGGCCGGCGUGAGGCCCAGGCAGUGCACACCUGGAUACACCUUGCCAUUUAAUCUGAUUAAAGUGUCCCUAGUAGGUGUUUAUGUGAAAACUGUCAGACUAGGCUCUCCAGAGCAUCUCUAGAACCCCUGGAUGUGGAGAGCCCUCCUGGCUCAAGAGGGGAACUUGUCACGCUGGUUUGUGACUGUGUACGUUGUGUAUAUGUAUAUAUCUGUAUUAAAUAAAUUUGUGCAAAGCAG